CAUUCCAAGAAACAGACAUAAAAAGAUAGCUAUCUGUUGAAACAGGGUGGUUUUCACGGAUAUUAAAGUUCUUACUAUCAAUUUCCGAGACUUAUUAAUGGCAGAAAAUGGGUAUAAUGAUCUAGAAAAGCAGAAACCGCUUCUGCAAGAACAUGAAGAGAAACACUUUACUUCUAGUGAGAUUGUCCGUGACAUCAUUAUUGGAGUCUCCGAUGGACUCACUGUCCCUUUUGCCCUCGCCGCUGGCUUGUCCGGAGCCAAUGUCACAUCGAGUAUCAUUCUCAUAGCCGGCAUUGCUGAAGUUGCCGCCGGUGCCAUCUCCAUGGGGCUUGGAGGGUACCUUGCAGCGAAAAGUGAAGCUGACCACUACACGAGGGAACUAAAAAGAGAACAAGAAGAAAUCAUCAAUGUCCCUGAUAUAGAAGCCGCUGAAUGUGGAGAAAUAUUAGCAGGCUAUGGAGUUGAGCCACACGAAUACGAGCCAGUGGUCAAUGCUCUCAGAAGAAACCCUCAACACUGGCUCAAUUUCAUGAUGAAGUUUGAAUUAGGACUGGAGAAACCAGACCCAAUGAGAGCAUUACAGAGUGCACUGACAAUAGCCAUAUCAUACAUCAUCGGAGGAUUGAUACCACUUUCGCCGUACAUGAUCGUCCCGGUGGCCAGAGAAGCAGUUGUUGCGUCGAUUAUAGUGACGAUUCUUGCAUUACUGAUAUUUGGAUUCAUUAAGGGUCACUUUACAGGUGAUCAAUCUUUCAAGAGUGCGAUCCAAACUGCCUUUAUAGGAGCCAUUGCUUCUGUUGCUGCUUAUUCCAUAGCUAGGGUUUUCCGAGUUUGAUUUGGAUCUCAAAUUUUCCCUCUUUCUCUAUCUUUUGCUCUUUAAUCUAUCUGGAGUUUAGCUUUGUGUUGUCAUUGUUAAUUUAGUACUUUUUAGGGACUGUUAUUGAUUACCGGAUAACCUGCUUUUCCCAUUGGCACGUGCAAUUAUAUUUUUCUUCGGCAGUU